CUCCGAUGAACCCCAACAUUUCUGCCUCUUAAAGAAGCAAGGAAGUUCAAGUUCAUGGAGUCUUGAGAACUUCUUUUUAUUUAUUUCUAAAUAUUUGGAUGACUGAAUGAGCUCUCAUGCCUUUGUUAGGUACUUUUUUACACACUUCUUAUGUUGCAAUUCCACAGCAUUCCCUCCGAAAUCGCUUAGUUACAUCAAGGGUUCAGCCCCUUUUUCAUGUCAGCACAUCAAAUAAGUUCACUUCUGGAAAAGAGAAAAGGUUGGGUUUUGCAUGGUUUGUGUCCAUCCAUGUCUCCAGAACACUGAAAUUUGAUGCUGGGCAUCUUGAUACAAGGGGUGCACUUCUGGUUAAAGCAGUUUCUACCUUUGAACCAAAAUAUUUGGUGGAUGGUGAAGAUGGACAGAUGGAUGACCACAAUUUGCACUUGGGACCUCAUAUGAAGUCUCAUGUCUCUCUGUCCCCAGGGGAAGACUCUGCACUACUGGAUGAACGAGAGAGGCUAAGGCGGAUGAGGAUCUCCAAAGCAAACAAGGGUAAUGUGCCAUGGAACAAGGGCAGGAAGCACAGUGCAGAGACAUUGCGGCGGAUAAAAGAGAGAACCAAACUUGCAAUGCAGGAUCCCAAGGUCAAAAUGAAGUUAACUAACUUGGGGCAUGCUCAGAGCGAGGAGACUAGAAUGAAAAUUGGUGUUGGCGUUAGAAUAGGGUGGCAACGGCGCCGUGAGAAGCUGCUUGUGCAGGAGACCUGCAAUUUUGAAUGGCAAAACCUGAUUGCAGAAGCUUCUAGAGAAGGUUAUUCUGGUGAAGAAGAGCUGCAUUGGGAUUCAUAUAGGCUCUUAGAUGAAAAGCUUGCACAGGAGUGGUUGGAAAGCAUUGAGCAGAGGAAACAAACGCCCAGGCCAAAAGGUAGCAAGAGAGCACCCAAGUCUCUUGAGCAACGGAGGAAGAUAUCAGAGGCAAUUUCUGCCAAAUGGGCUGAUCUGGGAUAUCGCGAACGGGUAUGCUCUGGCCUGUAUAAGUACCAUGGAAUACAUGUUGGAGCUGAAAGAAAGCCAAGAAGAAAGCCAGUUGGAAAAACACAAUCAGUAAGGAACAGCCCUGUGAAGAAGAAAGUCAGUGAUGCCUGUAAUGGCAUUGGGACUCCAACUAAGAGCCAAAGCCAGCCUAGGUUGAAGAGAAGUAGUGAACCUUCAUACAAAGAUCCAUCAGCAAAUUCCAAACUGGAGUUGAUAAAGAACAUCAGAGCACAGAGGGCAUCUAUGGAAACUAAAAAAAGAGAAGCCAUGGAACGGGCAAAGCUGCUGAUUGUUGAAGCAGAGAAAGCAGCGAUGGCCCUUGAGGUUGCUGCAGCAAGGAGCCCUCUUGCCCAAGCUUCAGUUUUGGAAACCAGGAAGCUUAUAGCUGAAGCAACUAAGUCACUCGAAGACAUCGAAGCAGGACAGGUUGCAUCACGUGAGAGUGCAAAUUGCUAUUCUUCUGCCGACUUAAAUGGACUGGUAAAUGAUUUUGUGAACUUAAGCACUGAAAAUGGUAUUAACCCACUGGACAAAAGAGAAGUAAAUGGAACACAUGUCUUCUCAAGUAACAUAUACAAUAGAGGCUUCAAUUUUGGCGAGUUCUCCCCCACAUCAAUUGGGGAAACAAGCUCCACAAAUGUGCUGAACAGUGAAGAACCUCCAAGCAGUGGGGAACCUCUUCCCUCCACUCAAAGCCAUGAAACAAGGUCCAUGCUCAACUCUCUGAUUGGUGGGGAGGUUCUUUCUCCCACUUCUAAUGGGAGCAGAAGUUCCAGACACUGUUUGUUGUCUCCAUUACAGCUGCAAAAUCCAAUGGUUCCAGUUCCAACAGAUGAGCAAGUGGUUCAGCUUGAACUAAAUGGUGUCGUCAAAUAUGAAACAAACCCAGUGCUUAAUGGAGAGAAUACACGGGUUGGGACAUCUGAGAAAGCUUCUACUUCUGCCCUUACUAAAAAGAAGAAAUGGGUGUGUGGAAGGCUGGUUGAAGUGGAUGAACAAGAUUAGCUAAGGAUUCAGCUCGUUUUGAAUCUGAAUUA